AUGAUGUUGUCGGCGACAGAGAUGACGACACUUUACAAUCAAAUCAGGAGAAAUAUGAAGACCUCAUUGUCCAACUUGGACGUGAACUCGCUUCAAAAUUCAUGUAUGGGAUACACAGAUAUGUCAGUAGCAUCAUUGUGCCGCGUGGAGUUAGGGGAGUUCAGAGGUGUCUGCGAGAGCUGGACUAAAUUAUUGACAAGUACCCUCCACAACAUUUCUACGUCAUCGCCAAGCACGACGACCACAUCCACAUCAGCCACAUAUGUGGAUACUCGGGAGGGUGUUGUCGGUGCGCCUUCAUUAUUCGAGCACAUUUUGGCGCGUCGACGGCAGACGUAG